AUGGCUUUCCAAGAUGCCAGUGGAGUUGUGGGUCUUCCCGUGUGUGCGUGUAUUGUGCGGCGUGUGGUGCAAGUUGAAUUUUAUAUGAAUGAAAACACAUUUAAAGAGAGACUAAAGUUAUUUUUUAUCAAAAACCAGAGAUCAAGUCUAAGAAUACGUCUGUUCAAUUUUUCUCUCAAAUUAUUAAGCUGCUUAUUAUACAUAAUCCGAGUGCUACUAGAAAACCCUUCACAAGGAAAUGAAUGGUCUCAUAUCUUUUGGGUGAACAGAAGUCUGCCUUUAUGGGGUUUACAGGUUUUAGUGGCAUUGAUAAGUCUCUUUGAAACAAUACUGCUUGGUUAUCUCAGUUAUAAGGGAAACAUCUGGGAACAGAUUUUACGAAUACCCUUCAUCUUGGAAAUAAUUAAUGCAGUUCCCUUCAUUAUCUCAAUAUUCUGGCCUUCCUUAAGAAAUCUAUUUGUCCCAGUUUUUCUAAACUGUUGGCUUGCCAAACAUGCCUUGGAAAAUAUGAUUAAUGAUCUGCACAGAGCCAUUCAACGUACACAGUCUGCAAUGUUUAAUCAAGUUUUGAUUUUAAUAUCUACAUUACUAUGCCUUAUCUUCACCUGCAUCUGUGGAAUCCAACAUCUGGAACGGAUAGGAAAGAAGCUGAAUCUCUUCGACUCCCUUUAUUUCUGCAUCGUGACAUUUUCUACUGUGGGCUUUGGGGAUGUCACUCCAGAAACGUGGUCGUCCAAGCUUUUUGUGGUUGCCAUGAUCUGUGUUGCUCUUGUGGUUCUCCCUAUCCAGUUUGAACAGCUGGCCUAUUUGUGGAUGGAGAGACAAAAGUCAGGUGGAAACUAUAGUCGGCACAGAGCUCAAACUGAAAAGCAUGUUGUUCUAUGUGUCAGCUCACUGAAGAUUGAUUUACUCAUGGACUUUUUAAAUGAAUUCUACGCACAUCCAAGACUCCAGGAUUAUUAUGUGGUGAUUUUGUGUCCUACUGAAAUGGAUGUGCAGGUCCGAAGGAUCCUCCAGAUUCCAAUGUGGUCACAAAGAGUUAUCUACCUUCAAGGUUCGGCCCUUAAAGACCAGGAUCUGUUGAGAGCAAAGAUGGAUGAUGCUGAGGCCUGUUUUAUUCUGAGCAGCCGUUGUGAAGUGGACAGGACAUCAUCUACCAAUCAUGUUGUUUGUGAAGAAGAGUUUAAAUACGCCAUGUUAGCUUUAAACUGUAUAUGCCCAGCAACAUCUACACUUAUUACACUACUGGUUCAUACCUCUAGAGGGCAAGAAGGCCAGCAGUCACCAGAACAGUGGCAGAAAGUGUACGGCAGAUGCUCUGGGAAUGAAGUGUACCACAUCGUUCUGGAAGAAAGCACAUUUUUUGCUGAAUAUGAAGGAAAGAGCUUCACAUAUGCUUCUUUCCAUGCGCACAAAAAGUUUGGUGUCUGCUUGAUUGGUAUUAGGAGAGAAGAUAAUAAAAACAUUUUGCUGAAUCAAGGUCCUCGAUAUAUUAUGAAUGCCACAGAUACAUGUUUUUAUAUUAAUAUUACCAAAGAAGAGAAUUCAGCAUUUAAAAACCACGACCAUCAGAAAAAAAGCAAUGUACCAAGGUCAUUUUAUCACGGACCGUCUAGAUUGCCUGUACAUAGCAUAAUUGCCAGCAUGGGUACUGUGGCCAUAGACUUGCAAGACACGAGCUGCAGAUCUGCAAGUGGCCCUACCCUGUCUCUUCCUACAGAGGGAAGUAAAGAAGUCAGAAGACCCAGCAUUGCUCCCGUUUUAGAGGUUGCAGACACGUCAUCAAUUCAAACAUGUGAGCUUCUAAGUGACCAAUCAGAAGAUGAAACUACACCAGAUGAAGAAA